GUAAUCCCUGGGGGAAUUAUGCUCAAAAUUAAUGUCGGUCCUGAGACUGUUGGAGAAUACUUAUGUGUCCUCAAUGAUUUACACGCUAAAUUUAUUUUAGAUGCGCCAGGUGUUAACAUGGAAUUUAAACACUGUCAAUCAACGGUGACUGUGGACUAUCUAAAGACAGCUUAUUUGGCAUGUUUCGUCACAAAUGGCAGCAAAUAUACCACAAAAUGGAUUAAGGAUGGCCAAUAUUUCGAAAAUGAGUCUUAUCACUCAAGAAUCGAAAAGACCAAGUUGGGUCUCCUCAUUCGUACUACAGAAGUCAGUGACCAAGGGAUUUACUAUUUUUUGGUAUUUUUGGGGAAUAUGCUGAUAAAAACAAAGCCCAUCAGGCUUAUAGUGAACUGUAUUCCACAAUUUCUAUCCACUAGUUGGACCAAUCAUCCACUUCGAGCCGAGGAUCCUCAUGCUCGGACAACCUAACAACGUCACGUGUAUAAUAGAGGCCAACACAGUCAUAACCCCGGAUAUAGUAUCGGCCGACUUGGAAAAAUCACUGGUAUGUUGAAAUAUUCACAAAGCAGAAUCCGGUGGUGAAAAAGACGACAAUAAACGGAUCGCUCGACGUUUUUGAACUAACGGCAGUUUUGAGGGGCAAAAGCGUGAAUGAUUCGGUUUUUACUUUUUGCGUGGCGAAGGAAGAGAUAGAAAGCACAUCCAAGUUCGUUAGGUUUUUUUUUGCUGGUAUUUUUGUUUUUUGUACAAAAGAUGUGGCCCGAGUAUUAAAUAUGGGGAAGAAUGAAAGUGUGGUCUGGUGGCGGGUCCAGUCCGAGAAGCUUCCCGUUUCUUCUUUCGUUCUUCGGGUGAAGUCAGUGGUUGUUAAAUUGUUUUGAAUUUUAAGAAAAACACUAAAAAUUUGACGGUUGAUGGUGUGAUGUCUCAGAUUGAUUUGGAAAAAUUUUUGAAUGAAUCUGGGACAUACAACGUGACAAUGUGGGCGGUCAAUCCUGUGGGGUAUUCCAAGCCCUUCUCCAUUUGUCUUGAUUUUUCUAGUUUUUUAUGUUUUUAAUGAAAUGUAGAAAUGGAGAAGCAAAUAGAAAAAUCGCAAAAACGUGUUGCAAAAACGACUUUUGUUGUUUCUGGUGUUUUGCCUUUGAUUGUGGUUUUUGUCGUGAUUUUUUUGGCCAUUGCAUACAAGAAAGGGCUUUUUCCAUUUCGGCCGGAUACGAGGAGUGGAGUUUCUUCUG